AUGGCUCCUUCUUCGUUGAAUGUUAUUGUUCUUGGCGCCACCGGCCUGGUUGGAAAGCUUUUUGUGAAGGAAAGUGCCGAAUCCAAAGCCAGUUUCAUUUCGUCUGUGAAAACCAUUGGUAGACGUUCCACUGGUGUCGAGUCUGCUAAGGUGUCGGAUAUUCUCGACCCCGAUACCUCGAAAUGGCCUGACAAGAUCGCUGAGCUGGAAUCUACCCCUGACGUGAUGUUUUCGGGUCUGGGUACCACUAAAGCUAUUGCUGGCAGUUUUGAAAACCAGUACAAAAUCGACCAUGAUCUCAAUGUCGCUGCUGCCAAAGCUGCCAAAGAAAAGGGCGUCAAAACCUAUGUCCUCAUUUCCUCUGCCGGCUCGUCUGCUGGAUCAAUGAUCCCUUAUUUGAAGAUGAAAGGCGAAAUUGAACGAGACAUUAUUGCCCUUGAAUUCCCACGAACCAUUAUCUUACGUCCCGGUGUGCUAAUUGGCGAACGAGAAGUGUCUCACGGCAUUGGCGAGGUGGUCAUGCAGAAGUUCACAAGUCUCGUCUACGGCACCGUUUUCACCAAGAUCUCGCCCAUGAGCGCAGCCAAAGGCGUGGAUGUCGCCAGAUCCGCCCUGGAGCUCCUCAAAACUGACCCGCCCACCGACUCCAGCAAACCUGCUGUCGAAAUCUACGAGAACAGCAAAAUUCUCGACCUCGCCAAAUCGUACUCUCACUAA